AUGUCGAGGUGGAGGAGCAAACGGCAAGCUCGUCAGGGGAAGGGCGAGUCAAAGGUUGCUGAAGGGGGUCGCCCUGAUGACGAUGAGAUUGGCGUGGACAAGCCGUCUCUGGUUGUGGACUUGGUGUCCAAAUCAAAGUCUGGUGGGCAUCCUGACGAGUUGGAGGACCCUCUUUCGGGAAUUCCGGCCGACGUCCGUUCCCAGAUUCCUGCGGAGGUGGCCCGCCGAGCUAGGUCAUCGGGCGAUAAGUAUUAUUCGAACGUCGUUCAGACGUAUCGAGCCUCCUCUGGCAGUUCUUCUUACUCUCCGCGUCAUCCUAAGGCCGUUGUUUUUCCUAUAGCUAAAGACAAAGGGAAGGAUGCAGCUGCUGCAGAGGACGAGAACGUACCCGCUACUCCUCACUAUUCGUCAAAGGAUAGGGUGGCUAUAUGCCGUAAGGUAUUUAAGGCCGUCCCCGCAGAGUAUGUUGCUUCUCUUCCUGGCCGCAAGACUGACGCCCAGUUUGGUGCAAUCCAGGCCACCCUACUCGACUUGUUCUGCCGCAUGGAAUUCUGCAAGAGUUGGAAGACGCGCACUGCUGAGGAGCUCAAAGCUCAGGUGGCUGAGUCCACCCACCAUGGCGACUAUGCGUUCAAAUCCAUUGAAGAGGUCCGCCUGCAGAUUGAAGGCUGUCUGUCAAAGGCUUACAUUCCCUCAAUUGCAAGCAAAACCCAGAUUUUGGCAUUCCUUUGGUUUUCGGCUUAUGGAUCAGCCAAGGUUCACAUUGUGUACAUGGGAGACAGGAAACAUCAGGAACUACAACAAAUUCAUGACUCUCACCACCAGAUUUUGGCAAAUCUUCUUGGAAGCAAAAAAGCUGCUGAGAAGUCUAUUCUGUACAGCUACAAGCAUGGAUUUUCGGGGUUUGCUGCCAUGUUAACAAAAUCCCAAGCUGAAGUUAUUGCAGAUCAUCCUGAAGUUAUCUCUGUGCUGCCAAAUAGGAUUCUUCAUGUACAGACUACUAGAAGUUGGGAUUUCCUCAAUGUAAAACCACAACUCGUAAAUGGAAUUCUCUCAAAGGCCCAUCACGGUGCUGGAACUAUAAUUGGCAUCAUCGACUCUGGCAUAUGGCCCGAGUCAAAGAGCUUUAGAGAUGACGGCAUGAAGGGUGUCCCAUCUCGUUGGCGUGGAAUAUGUCAGGGAGGUGAACGUUUCAAUCAUUCCCACUGCAACAAGAAAAUCAUUGGUGCACGUUGGUAUAUCAAAGGAUAUGAGGCUGUUAUUGGAGAUCUAGACAGGACUGUUCUGCCUGAAUUCUUAUCUCCUCGUGAUGCAAUUGGCCAUGGUACUCACACUGCAUCAACAGCUGCUGGGGCCUUUGUGAAAAAUGCAAGAUUUUCCACACUGGAAGAGGGACUGGCAAGAGGAGGAGCGCCUUCAGCACACCUUGCUGUUUACAAAGCUUGCUGGGGUGCUGGGAUAUGUAUCCCAGCUGAUGUGUUAGCUGCUUUUGACGAUGCCAUCUCUGAUGGGGUGGAUGUUCUUUCUGUGUCUCUUAGUUUUCCUCCACCUUUAGAUAAUUAUAUGAAUGAUCCUAUCGCAGUUGGUUCCUUCCAUGCUACAGCCCAAGGGAUUGCUGUGGUCUGUUCUGCAGGGAAUGUAGGCCCACAGCCUCAAACUGUUGUAGGCGUUGCGCCUUGGAUGAUAACAGUCGCAGCCAGCUCUACUGAUAAGGCUUUUCCUUCGGCAAUCACAUUGGGGAACAAUCAAACUCUUUGGGGACAAUCUUUGCUCACAGGCAAGGAUUUGAACAUGUUCUAUCCUCUUGUAUUUGGAGGAGACAUUGCAACUUCAGUUGGAGGCCUUGGAGCAAUAAAUUGUGCUUCUGGAAGCUUGGACACUGCAUUAGCCCAAGGAAAGGUGGUUCUCUGUUAUCAAUCUCAAACACAAUCGGCAUCGGAUGUUGCUACUGAAACUGUCAAAGAAGCUAAGGGUGCAGGUUUGAUAUUUGCACAAUUUCCUACUAAAGAUGUUUAUCUCACCUCGAAGUUCCCUACUGUUUUAGUCGAUUACACAAUAGGAACAUCUGUUCUGAACUACAUUAGGGCAGCCAGUCAACCUAGAGUGAAGUUAAGACUCACUAAAACUAUAGUGGGGCGACAAUAUUCUCCGGAAGUUGCAUCCUUCUCGUCUCGUGGUCCCAGUUCCUUUUCUCCCCAAGUCUUGAAGCCGGACAUUGCUGCUCCGGGAGUCAAUAUCUUGGCAGCAUGGGCUCCUGUUUCCGAGCUAGAGGCAUUAUCAGGAAGAUUACCGCCUCAAAACUUCAGAAUUGCAUCAGGAACAUCCAUGUCUUGUCCACAUGUAUCUGGAAUUGUGGCUCUUCUUAAAGCUGUCCAUCCGACAUGGAGCCCUGCUGCAAUUAAGUCUGCUAUCAUCACCACAGCUUCUACAAAAGAUAGGUAUGAGCAACAUAUAGUAGCGGAAGGCUUUCCACACAAGGUGGCUGAUGCAUUUGAUUAUGGAGGCGGUCACAUUGAACCUAAUAAGGCUAUUGAUCCAGGUCUCAUAUAUGACAUGAAAACUUCAGAUUAUAUACCUUUUCUUUGCUUGUUAGGGCAUACUAACUCCGCUAUAAAGUCUAUGACUAAAACUGAUAUAAAAUGCCCAAACAAGAACAACUCCCUUGUGAACUUGAAUCUUCCUUCCAUUUCCAUUCCGGAGCUGAAAAACAGCUUGGUGGUUAAAAGAACCGUUACAAAUGUCGGUCCAGCACUAUCUGUAUAUAAAGCAAGAAUUGAAGCGCCUGGUGGUGUAAGUGUUGAAGUAAACCCCUCAGUCCUGGCUUUCAACUCCACAGCAAAGAAGCUUAAAUUCACAGUCACUUUCACUUCUCUUCUAAAGGUACAAGGUAGAUAUUCUUUUGGGUAUUUAUAUUGGGAGGAUGGUUUCUAUGUAGUCAGAAUACCUUUGGUUGUUAGGAUUGUUAUUGAAGAUUAUUAUUCUUAUGCAUGAUGAAUACUUAUUCUUCUACAAGAACUAAAAGUCUGUAAAUUAAAAUCCCAAGUGACUAUGUAACAUGUUGACAUUUAUUUGUUCAAGUUGAUAUGACACCAUGUUAUGCAUACAACUGUGACAUUCUGUUA